UUGAUGUAAAAAGAUGUUUUGUAAAUUAUAAGGAAUUUUGAAUAUAUUGCAAAAUCAAUUUUUAAGUAAAAAAAAGUAAAGGAACAGUUAAUAUGGCGUCAGAAUUUUUGUAUGCAAUUGCUUUGAUUGUAAAUACUUUUUGUGUUGUCAAAACUUAUCAAGUUACAUUAUGUCAAGAAUCUUCUUAUAACAUAACGUGCCCUGCAAAUUUCUCUAUAAAAGUUCUCAAUGCCACAUAUGGAAGUUUAAAAAAUUAUUCAAUUUGUGCUUCAAAAAACGCAAGUUACUCUAUUACAAAUUUGUGCAAUGGAGCCAAUAGCUGUUUUAUUGAAUCUAAUAAUCAAGUAUUUGGUGGUGAUCCCUGCCCCAAUAAUUAUAAAUAUACUGUUGUUAACUACAUUUGUUAUCCUCAAGAUUGCGCGCAAAGAACAAUUGGAGGAAAAUGUUGCACUUUUCCCUUCACUUAUAAUGGAGUGACCUACAAAGAGUGUACAACGGUUAAUUAUGGUGCUUUAUGGUGUUCAUUAACAACUAUUUAUAAUGGAAAUUGGGACAAUUGUUUAGGGUUGUGUUAUGGAUACAGCCCGGAAAUCGAAGCUAAUUGCUUUCUAAGUCAAAGUUAUACUGUUACAGUCUACGAAAACACUUCAUACAUAAUAACAUGUGGAGAGCAAUCUUUAAUUAGAAUUAAAAAUGCUGUUUAUGGUAGUCAGGAACGAUUUAUUAAAUGUUUAUCAAAAAAUGUGUCUAAUUUUUUUCAAAUACUAUGCGAUAGAAAUAGCAGUUGUUUAAUUGAACCCAACAAUGAGAUGUUAGGUGGUGACCCUUGUCCUUAUAUUAAUAAAUACAUUUUACUCGACUACAUUUGUUUUUUAGAAGGUGUUUGGACGCAAUGGAGCGUUUGGACUAAUUGCAAUGAUACACAUGGAUUUAUAAACAGAACACGAGAUUGCAAAGUUUCAAAAGGUAUGGAAUGGUGUUAUGGAUACAACUCUGAAGUAUUAGAAUGUUUUGCUUUUUGGACACAAUGGAGCCUUUGGUCUAAUUGUAAUAGUUCGUAUGGAUUUAUGAACAGAACCAGAAUAUGCAAUGUUUCAAAUAUAAUUUCCUGGUGUAAUGGAAACAAUUUAGAAGUAAAGCAGUGCUUUGUUUUUUGGACACAAUGGAGUAUAUGGACAAAUUGUAAUGAUUCCUAUGGAUAUAUGAAUAGAACUAGGGAGUGUAGUGUUUCGAAUGCUAUAGAUUGGUGCUACGGCAACAACUUUGAAGUAAUAAAUUGCUUCGAUAUUAGCAAAUCAUUAUGGAGAAUUUCAAACGCUGUGUCUCUCCAAGGGCAACUUCUAACAUUAAAUCUACAGAUUUAUCCUACAUUUAAAACAAUUGCAAAUGCUACUGUACAAUUUGAAUACUUUUUACCACCAUUUUUUAAUUUUACAGCUGAAAGCGUUAUUCAACGAUUUGUUAGGACUGACAUCAAUAAAAUGAAGUACUCUUUUGAAGGAAAAAUUAAUGCUUUUGAACCCUUUGAUUAUAAGUUUAUUGCUUAUUAUAAAAACUUAAAAUGCCCUUUGCCUGGUUUAUUUACAUUGGAUAUCCCUUUAAAGUUAUCAACUCAAGUGGAAUCUGGGAAUCGCUCAACAUUCUUUAAAACAUUCAGACAGGCUGUUGAGUGUUUUAACUAUCCAAGUAUUCCAAUUAACAGUUAUCAACAAGUUCUCAAAGAAAGCUAUGGUAGAGGAGUUUAUUGGGAUGAAGAAAACUCAAGUAUAUAUGCCUGCAUGAAUCAACAUUUUUCAAGUACAAAAGCAGCAUGUUUUUUUUCAAAUGAUGAAGAGAAUGUAUGGAAUGCAUUGGACGUACGUAUUGGUUCAGUUCUUGGACGACAUUUGUCCACUAAAGAGCUGUAUGCAAUCCACCGUAAUCAAAAAACAUACAUGAUGUUUCAUAAAAUUUUAAAGAAAUGGUUGGCAAUAACCAAUGAGGAAUUUUAUAGAACAGCUGCGAGCUUUAUUGAUCCAGCUAUGAGAAGGAAUUUAGAAGGCGAUUUUACUCAAGUUUUUACUUUUGGAAAAAAAGAGUGGUUAGGAAAUGCACAAGGUUUAUUCUUUCGCAAAAGCGGUAAUGAUGUUUGGACACCAACGUUAAUGUGGCGUUUUUAAAAAGUUCUUAUACCGAUGAACUUUUUUUAAAAACUUGCGCGAAUAUUAUUUUGAUGAUUUUUUUGCUUAGACAUUUCGCGACGUUAGAAUUAUCUUGUGCUAUCUCCAUGGGUUUGCAAACUGAGAAAAUCGAUGUCAAAGUUUGAAUUUGUUCGCAGCUAAAUUGAAAAAAUAU